AUGGACACAGCUGGUGUCAUAACGGCUACGACCACUUCAUCGUCAGACAUCAUCGUAAAUGUCGAGUCCAAUUUGCUCGAACUCCCUGCCGAAGUCCGACAGAUUGUUCACCGAGAACUCUUCCAGGAAGCCAACGUCGAAAUCAGAAUCUACAGAAACCAGCUCCGGUUGUGCGAUAACAAGAUCACCAGUAUUCUAAGGGUCAAUCGGCUGUUGCGAGCAGAAGCGUUGCCGAUAGCGCAUGGCACAGUACUCUUCCAUGGCAAAGCGAAAGCUUUCCAGAGGCUACAUACGUUGGCUAAAGGGUACGGCGGGCUUGUCGAUAGCAGUAAGCUCGCAAAAGUGAGGAUGAAUUGGAAUCGAUGGAACUGGACUGAAUGUGAUCCCUUUCCAUGGAUUGCCGGAUGGAUUGAACAGUCACGAAUGUUGCAGGAGAUCAAUUAUGAGAUUAGAAGUCCACUUCCACCGAGGGCCGGCCGCAACAUUCCAAGCACGAACCAGCUCUAUGACUCGGAGACACUUCGCCAGUCAGAGCUAGGCAACCUCAUGGGAUCUGGCUACACGACAUGCUUGUGGAGUCUGACCCGCGACGUUGAGCUACUACAUGCGAAGGUUUGCAGUUCCCGCUCAACCAGACCCAAGAUCGUCAUUGAGGCGGAGAUGUUCAUGAGCGAUCCCGAUGACUGGUCACUCCGAGUCCACGUUUGCGAGAAGCGGUUGGAGAUCAAGUUGAAGGACAAGUGGUUCACCCUACCUCAGAAGCGUUGGGGUCAGCUGUGA